GCAGACUCGCUUGGGUCAGGGCUGCAGAGGCGGUGGUGGUGACUGUGGCGGUGGCAGCGACAGCAGCAGUGACGGCGGCGGUAGCUGUGGUGCAACAUACCCGGCGCGCGGCCGUCGGUGGGUCCCGAGCCCCGAGUCCGAGCCGGAGCUGCAGCCGCCGCCGCCGCCCGACCCUUGAUGUCAGCGGCCUGAACUAGCGAGCGAGGAGAGGCGAGCGGGCGCCGCGGUCUAGCCCUGCCCUUCCCUGCUCGUGCCCCCAGCCCCGACUACCUCCUCUCCCCCUCAGCCACCAUGUGCUCCAGCCUCUGGUUCCUGACUGACCGAAGGAUUCGUGAGGACUACCCGCAGGUGCAGAUACUGCGCGCCCUCCGGCAGCGCUGCUCCGAACAGGACGUGCGCUUCAGGGCCGUACUCAUGGACCAGAUCGCCGUCACCGUCGUCGGCGGCCACCUCGGCUUGCAGGUGAACCAGAAGGCUUUGACAACAUUCCCAGAUGUGGUCCUUGUACGGGUGCCCACACCUUCGGUGCAGUCGGACAGUGACAUCACUGUCUUGAGACACCUGGAGAAGCUAGGCUGCCGCCUGGUCAACCGCCCCCAGAGCAUUCUGAACUGCAUCAACAAGUUUUGGACAUUCCAAGAGCUGGCUGGACAUGGGGUCCCCAUGCCAGACACGUUUUCCUACGGCGGUCAUGAAGACUUUGCCAAGAUGAUUGAUGAAGCUGAGCCCCUGGGGUACCCUGUGGUGGUGAAGAGUACUCGAGGACAUCGAGGAAAAGCCGUUUUCCUCGCCAGAGAUAAACAUCAUUUAUCAGACAUCUGCCACCUGGUCCGUCACGAUGUUCCCUACCUGUUCCAGAAAUAUGUGAAGGAAUCUCACGGCAAGGAUAUCCGUGUGGUGGUGGUGGGCGGCCACGUCAUUGGCUCCAUGCUCCGCUGCUCCACCGACGGGCGGAUGCAGAGUAACUGCUCCUUAGGCGGUGUGGGUGUCAUGUGUCCACUCACUGAGCAAGGCAAACAGCUGGCCAUUCAGGUGUCCAACAUCUUGGGCAUGGAUUUCUGCGGGAUUGACCUUCUCAUCAUGGAUGAUGGCUCCUUUGUGGUGUGCGAGGCAAAUGCCAACGUGGGCUUUGUGGCAUUCGACCAGGCGUGCAACCUAGAUGUGGGGGGGAUCAUCGCUGACUACACCAUGUCCCUGCUCCCCCGCCGGCUGACCGGGAAGAUGGCCCUUCUCCCAGGAGUGUCUAGCGCUGUGGAGAAGAGCGAGCCUGAAGGACCUGCCUCUGCCCAGGCUGGCCCAGAAAGCAUUUACAUCACCAAUGGUGGCUCUACAUCCAGUGAGAGCGAACCAGAGCUGGGAGAAAUCAGGGAUUCUUUGGCAAACACGGCCAGGGCCCAACCCCCUUCACUGCCAGGCCCCAGCUACAAUAUUAACAACAUGAUUGCCUCUGAAUUAAAACUUAAAUGAAUUCAGCUUUUGGAUAACAUUUAAACCAAAUCCUGCUGCUUCCCUGAUAGUUUUGAAUGAAUAAGAUCUUGACUAAUGUGUGUUCAUUUGCACAGAAAAUAGCAAUCCCAUCUGGGCACUUACUCACUUUACAGUAUUCUUUCUAAUGAUUUAAGAAAAUUGCUUGGCUUUGUGGUUUGUACAAAGACUAAUCUUAAGGAUGCUCACAAAGAAUAACAUCCCAGCCGGUGAAGUUGAUCUUGGUUCCUGGGUUAUGGACACUCGGCUAUUAAGUGCUCGCAGCCGACUGCCAGGCAUUGAAUCUCUCUGCCACUGUAGUCUGCAUGUUUCCAUCUCUCCAUCAGAGCCCAGUCAUUCAGAGCUGCUUGUAGAGAUAUUUGAAAGCUUCCAAGAGAUCAAGGCAAUCGCCAGCCGAGAGCUGUGGAAUCCAGAUGCCAUAAUGAGCUCUCUUCUGUUAAUGGCCAUUCAAUGCUCAGAGGAUACCCGCUUCCAGCACCGCACUAGCGAACCCGUCCCUCCACUUCCCACUGAUCAACAGCUUGGCUUCAUUGUGACCUGUUUCUCUUGUCACUCAGGAUUCAGUGAUUGGGAAGCAUCUCCAUUGACACUUUCAAAGGAAGCACUUUGUAGGAAGUGGAAUCUGAUCUGUUCUGGGCUUUGUCUCCAUUAGGGCCAAGAAACACCAGGAGCUUCUUUGUAAACAGAGCCCAUCCUACAGAGUGCUUUGUUGUUUCCAUCACAAAAUGGAAAGAUGUGCUUUAGUGAUGCCCCUGGAGCCUCUCCCAAUCUACUCCUCCUCCUGGCCUCUCUUCCCCAGCCACCUUUUUGUUUCAGUUGGAAAUGCAUUUCAUUGAGCCAAGGGGCAUAUGCUUUCUUUUCUUCUCCUUUUAAUCCUUCCCCAUUUCUCUCCAGCCACUCUCUGGAAUUAGGUGUGGUAGGUGAAAUCAUUUAGAGGGAUAGCAUAGUUGACAUCUGGAGAAUAAGCGUGGCUCCUCCAUGUUGAAGGAUCCAUAAUUUGGUGUGGUGUGGGUGGGCUGCAGGUGUUCCCAUCAAGCUUGGUCCUUAUGUGGGCUUGGCUCUAUGGAAUUAUAACCAGGCAAAGCAAUGGGACCCUUUGGGACAUUCUGGAGACCAAUAUAACCCUGGAAAUUAGAAUGUAUGUACUUGAUGAAAUGAGGGAGAAGCACCCUUCAGUAAUCAUUACACAGCCUGCUUUUAUUUUGUUAUUUUUGGCUGACAUGAGCAUACCCUAAGUGCUUUCCAUUCCAAUUGCUUGUGCAGUAGGUGAUGCACCUCUCCCUGGGAAAGAGACAUUGAGAUGGAUAUCUGAGACUACUAUUCCCAUUGCAGGGAAAAUCUGUCAAAUAAUGACACUUAAAAAGAAAGCAUACCACAAUUGCCACAUAGAAGUGAGUGUUGUCUCCUUCAAAGUCUCACCUUAGGAAGUCUACACCUUUAUUCCUACAAAGCUUCGAGAACAGAAUUCACAUCCAAUUAUAGGCACCAAAAGAAAACCAGGCGCACUGUAAAGUCACCUUUCACUAUGGGGACUCACACUUUCUCCCCAGCCAUAGUUUAUGGUUGCUUUUGACUAUUUCUAGAAAUUAGAAUCACCUCCCAAAGAUUGGGGGAUAAAAGAGUUGUAUCACAAACAUUGAAGUCCAUUCCCGAAGAUGAAAGUGUUACAGUGGAGCGGGCAGAGGGAAUGGUCUGAGCAGCGACAACGUGGGGGGCCCAGAUCAACAGCCUUCCUUCGGGAUCACUUUGGUGAGAACAACACCUGCUCACAUGUGCAGGAUAGGACUGAAUAAAGAAACCAUUCACAUUCUCUUACACCUCACACGAGCCUAACAUAACGGACUAUAAAAUGUGUAAACAAUAACGGUGCCCCCAUUUUCACAACCUAUUUUAAGUUUUGUCUAAAAGCAUCACGACUGGAAACGGUUCCAUCAUUUGAGGGAGCCGAGCACCAACGCUGGUCCUGCAGUUGGAAGUGACCUAAGCCAUGUGUCUGUCCUGUAGCCACGCUGUCUCUGGAGCUGCGUGGAGGGAUCUCGCCAGAUGCUACACCCAGGGGAGCUGAGAUGGCACCCAUUUAAUGUGUGACCACACAUCUGAUUUAGUGAGGGGGAAAUGAUAGUGUUUCACUUUGGAAUGUGCUAUGGCACCUUUUUACCACUCUGGAGAUUCAGACAGUGUACAUGUUUGGUUCUGUCUUCACUGGAGUUGACUAAAUGCUUUGUGUCUGAACAUCUGCUGGAGCCAAGAGAGACCCUUGGGAAAGGUGCAUUUUUCUAAAGCUCUUUCAGAAGUUCCACAGAGUGCUGGGUCUGGAGAUGGGAGGUUCCAGGUUCAUAUGCAGUCUCCUUAGCUGUGUGACCCUGGGCAAGUCACUGAACCCUACCUGCCUAGUCCUUGCUGCUUUUCUGCUUUAGAAUUUAUAGUAAGACAGAAGGUAGGGGUUAUUAAGAGGAGGAGGAGGAAAAGCUGUUCCCCCCACACAUAUAUACACUUUUCUGGACACUAGAAAGACAAAGCCUUUCUUCCCAGACUCUCUCACACAAAGAAAAGAUUAUUCUCUGGCUAGGAGCUAUGCCAUCAGAGUAUCCCUAGGCCAGGAGCAGUCACAGCAAGGUAUCAGGGUGGGAGGAUAGAAUCUGCUUGCUCGUGUCCACCAGCUCUGCCUGAAUCAUGCUCUGGCUACUCCCUCCUCCCCCUUGGCAGCACCUAGUAUGACUCAGUAGGGGAAAACCUUGGGUUUAAGAGUGGAUAAACUAGCUUCAGGUUCUAGAUUAGUCAUUCUCUAGCUGAAUGACUGUGGGCAAGUCACUUUAUGCCUCAGUUUUUCCAUUAGUAAAAUAGGAGAAAUAUUCUGCCCUAUCAACUUUGCAAGAUGGCUCUGAGGCGUCAAUUAUUACUAAAUGCGAAACAUAAUUUGAAAAUUGCAUUGCAAGAGGUAGAAUAAGAAAGGGGGGAGAGGCAUGUCUUCUGUGACUGUAGAAUGGGACUCCUGACGCCCAUCCCCCUUCAAGAACUUCAGGAGGAAAGAGGCCAGUAGGUAUCUAUUUUUGCAUUCUGAGCAACAAAGAAUGCAGCUUCUCAGCACCUUCAGUUCCAGUCUGGAAAGCCUACAAGCACCAUCUGAGUAUGACAACAGCCUUACAGCCAAAUCGUGUAUAAGCUGGGACAUUUGAUUCCCUUGUUCUUCCCAUGAAGGAUGUCCCCGCUGUGUAACGUACAUUUCCAGCUCUAUACAGUACCUCCUUUUAUUUGGUAGGAGCAUCUUGAGACUGAUGAAAACUUGAAUGCCACUAGCUGAGUCACUGUGAAUAUAUUUUGCUAUGCACUGAUAAAAAAAAAUUCCUUGUAUCUGUAUAUCUGUGUAUGUUAGGGCUUGCAAAGGUAGCUGGAACCCUGGUUUUUAGCUUUAGAUCUUUGAGAGGCCUGAUAAGCAAUACAAGUGAGCCCCAAGCCACAUGAGGGCUACACACUCAGACAGACCUUCUCACUCCAGCUACAAGGGAAUCAAUCCCACAACAAGCAGACGACUCCCUCUCCCCCAAAGUGGAUUAAUUUAUUAAAGGCAGCAUUUGAAAGAAAUGUUACUAGGGAGUGUGGGUUUUUUUCCUUAAGUAAAUAAAGUGGGAUGCUGUGUGUCAUUUUAAUGGGAGAAAAAAACUACAUGGGGUGGCAUUUUAUCAUUUCAGUCAGUGAGAGAAUAAGGAGGAUGAUUUAUCCCUGGCACAAUCCGUUUAGCUAAAUCCACUCAGAGACAGGAAGAAGGAAAGAAAGCGUAGGACCUCACUCCUUCAUUUUAAGGACUGGCUAGUUAAAGUUUUAAUUUCUAUUUUUAAAUAUGUUUACAUGAUUCAUUUUCUUUUCCUCCCCUCCUAGAGCCAAGAAGCAGUUCCACUGGGUUGUACAAAUGUUAUUACUUGAUACCUAACUAGUAAAAGUUUUAGCAACUUUUGAAUAUAUCAUAGAUAAAACUGUUCAAAUUGGGUAAGAAUUAGAGUUCUUUUCAACACUAAUCCAUGAGUUAGGUAUGAGAGGCAGAAUCCCUUUCCCUUGUAAGUCCCAAAGCCUUGGAUACCCAUGGCUAGCUAAAAGGAACCUAGCAGAAGGUGGUCAUAACCUUGAUUAAAUUAGUGGUCAGAUCUAGCUACUGCCCAUCUUUUGAGGCCAAGGCUGCUGGGAGAUUACUCCUAGGAUGUGUAGGUGUGCCUGGAGUGAUCAGUGUUUGGCCAGCUGACUUUACUACCGUGGCACCUACUGGAGCAUCCUUUGAUUCUAGACGGCAAACAACUCUUUCCAGAGCCUGGUGCUGGUUUGGAAUCUUCCUCUUAAAAAGGACUGAUCCUGAUCAGCGCUUAUCUUAUAAUUGGCUACAGAGAGCAGAACACCAGACUAGAAAUCAGAACUGAGGUCUAUUCUGGCUUUCCUACUGACUUGAACAUGUUGCUUCGCCCCCAGAGCCUUGGCUUUUUUGUAAAAUCGAUAAUGGACCAAAAGAUCCAGUCUAGCUCUAACAUGUGAUUUUCUGAUCUGGUUUCAUUCCCUAGUUUCCAGGCUCAGCAGUUGUUGGGUACAAAUUCUUACAUAGCUCCCCCUCCCUGGAAGGCGAAAGAUAAAGUAGGGAUUCCUUGAGUUGGACUAGAUAAUCUUUGAGAUCCUUUCCAGCUCAGAGAUUCUAGGAGUCCAUGAACUCAAAUACACAGAAAUAGAUAAGAGCAGCUUUCAUUAGGCUAGUCCCAUCUCCUUUCUAAGCCUUCAUUUUUUCUUCUGCCAUACUGGUGUUUUGACUAGGUGAGCUCUCGGAUGUUCUGUGAUAAAGAGCUUUUCAGUUACAAAAACACUUUUCCUUCCACUUUCUUGCUUGAGAUUCAUGACAACUUCGCAACACAAGUAGUUUAAGUAUUAUCCCCAUUUUUAAAAGGAGGAAACCAACUGAGAGGUUAAUUAACUUGACCAGAAUUAUACUGCUCUCUAAUGGUUAAGGCAAGACUCAGCCCCAAGUCUUCUGAUCCCAAGUUUGGAGCUACUGCUCUUUCCACCACAUACUGCUACCUCUGAGCUAUCAGGGUUCAGUAUAACCAGGCUCUCUCCUGGCCUCAGGGCCCACAGAAAAAGGUACUGGCAGGAUGGCAGAAUGAUAAUUGGGCUUGCUUGGGUGAAAGGAGGAAAGUGAAUAAAAGGGCCUUUGGAGAAAUCCAGGUUGAGCCAACAGAAAAGAGGAUAGAUGGUAGAUUUAGAAGAAACUGGUAAGUUACAAAGCAUCUACUAAGUUCCCCCUUUGUUCACGGCUCAGUAGUAAUAAUUGGGGACACAGUGAAACAAAGCUGUUCGUAUCCUCAAGGCACUUAUGUUCUCUUUGACUUCUAUUCCCAAAAGCUGCAUAAGAGUAGAAAGGAGGUUCGCAACAACCCAAUCGAGUUAUUGGCACCUAUUUAUUUCGGAGCUUCCUGUGUUAUGAUUUGAUUUUUGGUCAGAUUUGAAUGGGAAAUGCCAUACUCUCAAACCUUUAAAAUGGGUGAUAGAAUAGGGGCUGGCCUUAAAUCCCAUUCUACAAACACAUAAAAUGCAUACCCAUAUACAAGGACUCUUGACAUUGUGGAAAUAGAAUGGUGUUUAUAACACACUCUUGUCACAAGGAUCAUAUGGUGUAAUGAGAGUUAGGGAGAGGAAGUAGUUGGAGAGAAAGGGACAAGGAAACAACAGAAUUGUUAGAUAAUAGAGAAGAAAUACAAUAGAGGGGGCCAAAGGAAAAAAUUUAAGAGGUAGAAUUACUUUCAGCUAAGAGGGUUUCUUUGAAGAAGUGGCAUCUGAGUACUCAAAAGAGUAGGGGCUAUGUAGCCUGGUGGAUUAAAAGUCAGGCCUAGAAACAGGAGGUCCUGGGUUCAAAUGUGAACCCAGACACUUCCUAUCUGUGUGACCCUGAGCAAGUUAAUUAACCCCCAUUGCCUAGCCUUUACUGCUUUUAUGUCUUGGAACCAAUACAUAGUAUUGACUCUGAGACAGAAGGUAAGGAUUUUUUUUUAAGGGAAGAUUUCAAUAGAUUUUAUCAGUAAUGGCAAAAUUCCUGGAAUGUCCACACACACACCUCUACCUCUUCUAAUUUCUAGUUUCCUUUGAGACUGAGCUCCUCUCACCUUCUACGUGAAGCUCUUCCCGAUUCCUGUAGCUGUUAGUGCCAUCCCUCCCCACCUACUUUUUAUUCAUUUGGAAUAUACUUGCAUAUUAGAAGACCACUGGGCUACAUAUGUACAUGUUUCCCCUGUUAACAUUUAAGAUCCUUGAGGACAAAGACUUUCUCAGUGCAUGGACAUAAUAGACACUUCAUAAACUUGAAUGAACAUAAAGGAUAAUGAAUCUGUGAAGGAGAAUAUCACAGGCAUCAAAUGUCAGAGUUGGUGGACAGUGGAAAACCACCAGACCUUUGGUAGAAGGUGGUGUGAUCAGAGAGAUGCAGUAGAGAACAUGCCAAUUUUAAAAUAGUAUAUUACAUGAUACCUGCUAAUGCUCCAUCAUACCACUACAUGAUGGGGUGAGGAUUUCCUGAGGGAUGAAAAUGCUAUGGGCUCCCAUAGCUUGAAAAGUGAUAAAAUGGCAGAGGAGGUGGAAGAUACGGCUGUGCUGAUCCAGGAAUAUGUUUGUAGGAAUGUUGUUGGGCUAGGAGGUGGCAAUGGUAGGAGGCUAUAUGAGGAGUGUGGCUAGACUGAAGAUGCCACUGGAGUUUCUGUGUAGCCUUGAGACUUGUUUUUAGCCUUCCUUCAGCUCCAGGGCUGGCCAGUUAUGGGGGUAUAUGCACGGGCACACUCAUGAGAGGCUCAGCUGUGUGGUCAUGUAGCAGAUUGCCCAGUGUUUCCUCCUUUGCUUUCUCUUUCCCAAUCUGGUGUCAGUUUCCCCUGGGUAUUUAUGGCACAGGGAGUUGGCAGGGCUGAGGGGAUUUCCCAGUGAGCAGUACAAUUGUGACAUCUUGUGUUCUGAUGCUCACUAGAAUUGAAAUUGACUUGGUGGAAAUAAGCAUGGUUCUGAUUCGCUGAGAUCACAAUGAUAAAGAAAAUUAGCUUUUGAAAAUUUAACAGGGCGGUUUUUGUUCCUCAAACAAAAGCGUAGAUAGAUAACUGAUUCCCUUCCCUCCUGAUUAUCCACACCAUUCUAAUGAUGAGCCAGCAUUCUUAAAACCCUACCUCUUCCCACUGCUCAGAGACCACCAGUCAGUCCAUGGCCAAAGCAAGUAAACCACUCUAUUGAUCUGAGCUGUGUCCAAUUCAUACAGUAGAUACGUCAUUGAAAGUCUUAGUCUUUCUGUAACUAAAUACUGUCUAUAUGAGGAGACCCAGGUCUUGGCUCUGCCAUUAACUCUUACUUUAGCAAGUCACGCAUACCCCUAUUUCAUGGGCUUUAUUUUUUUUUUUUUGGUCUGUACAAUUAUGAGGUAGUACUAGAUGGUUUCUUAGGUUCCCUUCAGCUUUGACAUUCAGUGACUGUGCUUUUAAAUUAUUUUCUCAUUUUCCUUGCUUGCCAUCAUCUUUUCUCUUCCUAAAAUUUGUCUUAUUUAAGGGAUGUUACCUAUUUUACCUGCUAAAGGUAAUAAAAAAAAUAAGGGAUAAGGAAAGCUGGAAGAGCAGGACCUAGAGGCCUUGGGGAAAGCCCAAGAUCCUAAUUCUAGUUGGUGAACCUCACCUGUACUCGCUCUAUUUGAAACCCAGGGAGAAAGGGCUGGUGGGGAAGAAGGAAGUGAUAGAAUAUGGUAGGGAAAUCUCCAUUCUAACUGUUGCAUGCAAACUGAGUUCUAAAGCUUCCUUAUUUAUAAGGCUUUCUAGUCUUCACAAGAAGGGAGAGCUGGGGCCCCUUAUGAUGAAGAGUCAUUUAUCACAUUUUCCUUAUUGCAAACCCAAGAUAUUAUUCAAGAUCCCUCUCUAGGCUACUGUAUUACUCGAGGUAGAAAGCUAUUUGACUGGAGUAACCAGCCAGUUCUGGGGCUUGUAAAUUUCUAAAUAACAAUGACUGUACUUCCCAAGUUUAAGGUGUCCGCUGGACUGAAUCUGAUUAGGUACAGAUGGUGAUGAUGCUCAGACUCUCAGGAAAGCAGCAACACAAGACCAGUUUGGCAGAGGCAUGUGUUCUAAGUCCAUUAUGCAAUUUUUAUAUAUGCAACUUGAAGCAAGGAAUAACACUGGAAACUCCCAUGUGCUUCUCCUGUUUCUGAAAAAAUUUGUGUUUUUCAUAUCUGGGAGAAAUCUUGGUUUUGAGUCUCGGUUUCUGAACCUACUAAAAAAAAGCAACUUGAUGUGUCCUAUCUGAGGGCAAUACUACAGUUGAGUUCUUAGAAAAGUUGAGAUUUUGCUUUUGAGAUACAACUAAGGAUAUGUUUUACCUGAGCACCAGAAUAUCUAAUUUCCAAAUGGCUUAUGCAGCAAUAACUUGGUCAACUUCCUUUAGAUCAGUUACAAAUGAUGGCUUGUUUUUUGUUGCUUUUUAUUAAAACCACUGCUAUGAAA